AUGAGCAAAUUCACUAGUCAGUUUACUUCUUUAUCACCACUUGUACUCACUUCUCAGUCUGAAGAAGUCGAUCCAUGUGAAUGUGAUAAGAACACUACUUCCAUCACCAUGAACAAGUUUGACCCUAAAGAUCAUGAGUUGACCAGUCUUAUGGAUAACAACAAGCGUUGGGCUGCUGCUGUUAUCAAGGAGGACCCAGAAUUCUUCAGUGAUAUUGCUAAUAAGCAAGAACCAAAGCUUCUCUGGAUCGGUUGUUCUGACUCAAGAGUUCCUGCAAACCACAUUGUUCAAUUAAAGCCUGGAGAGAUCUUUGUUCAUAGAAACAUUGCCAAUGUGGUUAACCACAGUGACUUAAAUUGUUUGUCUGUCAUUCAAUAUGCUGUCGACGUCUUAAAGGUGGAACACAUCAUCGUUUGUGGUCAUUACAACUGUGGCGGUGUUACUGCUGCUGCAGGCUCAGGUCAGUUCGGUUUAAUCGACAAUUGGUUACGUUCCAUCAAGGAUGUCUACAGAUUGCAUAAUGAGGAAAUGGAUGGCUUAAAAACCGACCAAGAAAGAAUUAGAAAACUUGUUGAGUUAAAUGCUAUCAAUUCUGCCAAGAAUGUUUGUCAUUCUACCAUUGUUCAAAAUGCUUGGACUAACGGCCAAAAGUUGACCGUUCAUGCUUGGGCAUAUGACAUUGAGGACGGUUUGGUUAAAAAGUUGGAUUGGUGUGUGAGUGAUAAUGAGUCACUCGAAGAUAUCUAUCAUCAUGAAGUUUAA